UAACCCUUACUCCUACUGACUGGGCAUCUCCUUUCCAACGGACAGCCAAAGUCGGGGGGAGAAAAUUGGAAAGGAAGUUUUCCGAAACUUCGCGCAGGGCGGGCUGGUAGCAAGGAAGAGUGGCCCCAACCCCAGCGGUCCGAUUCGUGGCGAGGGCAAGGUGACUCCCCCUCCUCUAGCCCUGGCCUCGAAUCCCUGGCAGGCUCCUCGGAGGCGCUGAGCGCAGGGUUCCGCACCUUAAGACCAGGACGUGAGGGCAGGGACCAACGCCGCCGCCGCUGGUUGAGAGUUGCAAGCCACGUGCGUCAAGUGCCCGGUGCAGCCCUUUUCUAGCCUGUGUUGACUGCAGUAUUCCGGGAUGUGAACCGAGGCCCCCUGAAAAGAAGAAACUAGCUAACAUAGCCCGCGGGGGCUCCUCCGGGGGUGAGGACACGACGCAGCCCCUACGGCGCAGGAGGAGGGGUGGACAGCUUGGCCGCAUCCCCCGCAGGAUCGUGCACCCAUCCCCUUGCUGUUGCGCACAGGCACACCGCGGCCCUGCCUGGCGCUUGGACAGCAUUCGACCCGCGCGGACUAGAGCAGGGGGCUGCGGCAGGCGCUCCACAGCUCGGCGGAGCGGAGAAGCGGGUCUGAACUCUCACCCCUCCCUCAGGCACCAGCCAACGCAUGCUGCCGCCGAGGGGGACGGGCUGCGCAGAUCCCGUUUAUCAGCCACAUCUCCCAUUACAUAAUGCGGCGCUGUAUCUCUCCCGGGCAUCGCUGCGAAAGCGAGCCCUCUCCCACGCGCGGGGCGCCUGCCCACCGCUCCCAGCAGGGUGUUGCCAGUUCUAGAGAGGGGGCCGUUCCACUCAUCUUGGCGCAGCCCUCGGUGAUUCCCCACUCCUUCCCCCAACACAGAGAACCCACAGGAGAUGCUACUGACUAUUCAACGGAUGAAGAAACAGGCCCAUGUAUGGGUCACACAAGCAGGUGGCAGCACUCCAGACACUGGGGAGCCACAAGGGGCAGAGCCUGGCUUUCAGCCCUCACGGUCUGAAAUUACGCUGGGAAGCUUGGGACUGGGAGAGAAGAGAGGAUGGGAAUCCUGCUACAGGUGACAGAAGAGGGUGAGCAAGGCCAAGAGGCUUCUGAGCAGGAACGACAGCUCCAGCGUCCCUUGGAAGACCGUUGUGAGGAGGCUGAGCCCCAGUGAAGUAGGACAGAGGAAGCCUGAGCAGGCAGAGAGAGGGGGUCUUAGGGAAGGCUCUGGCUUGGGGAGAAAGUGGGCGAGGGAGGGAGCUUGACAUCAGCAUCCAAUAGGCAUAUGCUGCAGCCUCUGUUGCGCGGGUUUCUGGAGGACUUCUUGAGAAAUGAGGAAAAGCAGGGAAACGGCUACAUGCCAGUCCGUGCAGGGGGUGGGCUGCCCACAGGGGACUCUGGAGUCGGAGCAGGCCCAGGAGUUGCCCUCCACAGCCUUCGAUCUCCAAACUUGAAGCCAUCAGAGGGCAGAGGUUGGUCUCACAGGUACUGGUGUACAGAAGUGGUCACGCCAGGUCUCAGUGGCAGUAAAAACAGUUACUCUCCAGGGCUAAGGCUGGAUCUGCCUCUUGCCAGCCUGGCCCACUGAGGGAAUCCCAGCAGGAUAGGCCUGCUCUGAAGGCCUGGGUGGGGCAUCCAGUGACCAGGCUGCCCACGCUCAAAAUUAUCAUCAAAGCAACUUUUCAAAGGAAAGGUCCCAGGAGGAUCCUUGAAUCUGACUGAAGCUUUCAACGGGGAGAGCUGGGAAUCUGAACUACAAUCCUCCCCACCAUGGGGCUAACAGGGAAUCAGGUGGGCCAAGAGAAGUGAACUUUGCUUUUCUCCUUUUAUCCUGUUUGAAUUUUGUAUCUAAAGCAACCAUUGCUUUGGUAAUGUAAGAGACCAGUUCACUGAAAAAAAAAGAAAAUAAUAAUAAAACCCCUGGAUUCCCACAUCUGAUAGACUGUGGUCAUAGCACUGUCUGCCCAGCAUUUCUGGUGACCCAGAAGGGUCUCAUGUCAGGAGCUGGGUGGGCACUCAGGGUGGAGACCAAGCAAAAGCGCUAGAGUUCCAGCUGGCACGGCUGACACCAGUGUGCCCUAAGGGCCCUCUCACCUACUCCUGAAGUGAGCUCAUCCAGAUCUUGGAAACUGCCCCAGACCCCUCAGUAAUAAGUCCACAAGAAAUCAGAUGCUUUCCUUUAUGUGAUGCUGGAUUUUCCACAAAGUAAAAUCAAGAUGAGUAAAGAUGUGGUUUCUAGAUAGUGCCCGACAAAGCAGAGACCACGGUAUGAGGCGUCACCACUUGGGCCUAUAAAAGCUGCCACAAGAGGCCAAGGCCACAAGCUGCUCAGCUCAAGCCAGCCUACACGUCUGCUCCUCGCUCCUCGUGUACUGGCUCCAGGCUCCAUGGCGCUCUGGAUGACCGUGGUCAUUGCUUUCACCUGCAUUGGCGGCCUCGCCUCCCCGGUCCCUACGCCUUCCCCUAAAGCCCUCAAGGAGCUGAUUGAAGAACUGGUCAACAUUACCCAGAACCAGAAGGCACCCCUGUGCAACGGCAGCAUGGUAUGGAGCAUCAACCUGACGACCAGCAUGUACUGUGCAGCCCGGGAAUCCCUGAUCAACAUCACCAACUGCAGUGUCAUCCAGAGGACCCAGAGGAUGCUGAAUGCCCUCUGUCCUCACAAGCUCUCAGCCAAGGUUUCCAGCGAACACGUCCGAGACACCAAAAUCGAAGUGACCCAGUUCAUAAAAACCCUGCUCCAACACUCAAGGAACAUUUUUCACUACAGAAGUUUCAACUGGAGCAAGAAAAGUUAGCAUUAUUAUUUGCAGAGAGGGACCCUGACCAUUUAAAUUGCAGAUUCAUUUUUCUUUCAGAUGUCAGAAAUUUCUUGCGAAGACUGGAGGAGGGUUGGGGGGGUAAGAUUUCCUUAGCUUAGACUUCAGCCUGUGCUGUCUGCCUUGAGCCUAGCCGACCCCAGCUACCCCUUGCCUUGGUGCCUGGGGCUCAGCCUGGAAAGCCUCUUGCAUCCAGGGCUCCGAGCUCAGUGGACAAGGGUGGAUGUUGUCCCACACAACUUCCCCAUCCUUAGUGCAAACUGUAGCAUUUCAGUGGGUGCAACCCUGGCUGGACACACGGUGAAAGAGGGACCUGCUUUACACAGGGGCAACUAAGGCAGAGAGCAGCCUAGGCACAUUUCUUCUUGGUCUUAUUUAUUAUUAUGUGUUAUUUAAACAAGUGUUUUUGUCUGUACUGGGGAUAGGAAGGGACUGUUACUGCCAAAACUUGGAGCCAAGGGCCUGGAGACUUGAGGCUCCAGCACUAACGCAGUGGGCAUUAGGAAGCCCUGGGAAUAAGUACUGUACACAAACUUCUGCUACCUCACUGGGGUCCUGGGGCCAAGGCAGGGACAGUAGACAGGGCCACUCUUGUCUGCCAGCCAGCAGUUGGCCUUCAACCAAGUAAUUUAUUGUUUUUCCUUGUAUUUAAAGUAUUAAAAUAUGUUAUCAAAGAGUUAAUAAUAUAUAGAAUAGCAGCCUAGAACACUGCAUAUGGUAUGUGGGGAUUGGGGGAGGGGUCAUUGAAUUAGUUGUUGCAUUGACUUUGUCAAGUUGGAAGCUGGAAAUAAAGAUGGUUACAAGAGAUCUGACGGUUUUUGCCUUUUAUUUUGACCUUUGGGGAUGUUGGCCUGUGUUCUUAAGACUCUGAGGAGCUUUUCUUUAAGACCAGUUGGAGGAGGGGGCCUAGGGUGGAAUGGAUGGGGAGUGAGGGACAAGACUUGGGCUGAAAGAAAGUAGGCAAGCCCCUGGGGAGAGGAGACCUGGCCAGGAGGAAGUCCCUCAACGACCACCCACAGGGCCAGGGUGUCAGGGUUCAAGGAAGGCAUCUGGAGCAGGCAGAGAUCAUGGAAGUCGCUCAUGGCUACAGAUCUUCAUGAGUGGCCAGCCUGU